AUGAAGUCCGUCUCACUCCUGCUAUCCAUCAUCGUGGGGAUUACGUCGAUUAUUCUCUUCAGACAAGAGCUACUCACAAUCGCCAUCGCAACGACAGACAGCGUCUUCAACUUGACGAGCAGCGCCUUGAAUAUCACACUUAAAACAGAGCCGAAAGAGCAAGUAGACCAUCACUUGUACGCCACCGAAAUGUCGAUUCCUCGCGCAAUCCGCAAGGUCUUUCUGGCCGUCGAGCAGGCCGAGGGCGCCGGUGCCCGCGUUCGCCGCUCCAUCGGAACCCCUCAGCUGCGCAACUUUUCCCCUUUUCUGAUGCUUGACCACUUCCGCAUCUCCCCUGGCGCGGGCUUCCCCGACCACCCCCACAGAGGCCAGGAGACCAUCACCUACCUGCUCCACGGCGGCGUCGACCACGAGGACUUCGCCGGCAACAAGGGCACCAUCGAGACGGGCGACCUGCAGUUCAUGACGGCGGGCCGGGGCAUCAUGCACGCCGAGAUGCCCAAGCAGAACCCGGACGGCAGCGCCAACGUCGGCCUCCAGCUCUGGGUCGACCUGCCCAAGGAGCUCAAGGCCUGCGAGCCGCGGUACCGCGACCUCCGCGCCAAGGAGAUCCCCACGGUGGACGCCGACGAGGGCAGGGUCCACAUCAAGGUCAUCUCGGGCCAGAGCCACGGCGUCGACUCGGUGCGCGACCUCGCCUACACGCCCGUCUGGAUCCUGGACAUCCGCAUCAAGCCCGGCGGCAAGGUCGCGCAGCCGCUGCCCAAGGGCUGGAACGCGUUCGCGUACACGCUCGAGGGGCAGGCCAUCUUCGGGACGGGCGCGCAGCAGCGCGUGGUGGACCAGUUCCACAACGUCGUGCUCGAGCAGGAGGGCGACGUUAUCAACAUCGAGGUCGACGCCGGCGCGGAGAAGGACGCCCGGUUGGUCCUGAUUGCCGGCACGCCGCUUGACCAGGAGGUCGUGCAGUACGGGCCGUUUGUCCUCAGCUCCAAGGCCGAGGUAUACCAGGCUCUGAUGGAUUAUCAGACGCACUCGAACGGAUUUGAGAGGGCCGAGGGCUGGCAGAGUGAGAUUGGGAAGACCAUGGUGGAGUAG